AUGCUGAUGGAAAAUCUUCUCAGAUCCAAGGAAUGGUGGGAUCUCAUUGAAACAGGGAUUCCAACGAGAGCGGCGAACGUGAUCCUCACCGGACCACAGAGGACGGAGCUGGCUGAGAAGACCGUGAUAGAUCACAAGGUAAAAAACUAUUUGUUUGCCUCGAUUGACAAGACAAUUCUCAAGACGAUUCUGAAGAAGGAGACAUCUAAGGAUCUGUGGGAAUCAAUGAAAAGGAAGUAUCAAGGGAAUGAUCGAGUUCAAAGCGCGCAACUGCAGAGACUGCGCAGAGACUUUGAGGUGUUGGAGAUGAAGAUCGGAGAAACCAUCACUGCUUAUUUCUCGAGAGUGAUGGAGGUAGCAAACAACAUGCGGAAUCUCGGAGAAGAGAUGCCAGAUUCAAAGGUUGUUGAGAAGAUUAUGAGAACUUUGGUUGAAAAGUUCACAUAUGUUGUGUGUGCCAUUGAGGAGUCUAAUGACAUCAAACACAUGACGGUGGAUGGAUUGCAGAGCUCGCUGAUGGUACACGAGCAGAACCUGAGUCGGCAUGCUGGAGAAGAGCGUGCCUUGAAGGUGGAAGGGCAAUGGAAUAGCUAUGGCAGAGGCAGAGGUAACUCCCCAACUCGAGGAAGAGGCAGAGGAGGGUACCAAGGAAGAGGACGUGGUGGUAACAUCCCAAGGGAACAAGUGGAAUGUUACAAGUGCCACAAGAAGGGGCAUUACAAGUCUGAGUGUCCAGAGUGGGACAAAGAAGCGAAUUAUGCAGAGUUUGAUGAGGAUAUGGUUCUGAUGGCUCAUGUCGAGAACAAGGAAGAAGAAGAGUACGUAUGGUUCCUUGAUUCUGGCUGCAGCAACCAUAUGUGUGGCACAAAGGAGUGGUUCACUGAUUUUGAUGGAGACUUUCGUCACAAUGUCAAGCUUGGGGAUGACAGACGAUUGGUGGUGGAAGGAAAAGGAAGUUUAAGGCUGGAGAUCAACGGAAUGAUCAGGGUGAUCACAUCCGUAUACUAUGUGCCUGGACUGAGAAACAACCUACUCAGUAUUGGGCAGCUGCAGGAGAAAGGACUCAGAGUAGUCAUCGAAGACAAUGUUUGUGAGAUUUGGCACAAACAACAGAAGGAGAUGGUGAUGUAUUCAAUCAUGACAAAGAACAGAAUGUUCAUUGCUCUAGCCAAAGUGAGAAGUGCGAGAGAGACUGAAGAUGGGAAGUGUUUACUUGUCUCAGAGAAGACAGAGAAGCUAUGGCACAGAAGGUUUGGUCAUCUAAACUAUGGAGGGUUGAGAAUCUUGGCAGCAAAGAAGAUGGUGAAUGGAUUACCAAUCACGGGUCUAGAAGAGACUGAAGCUGCAUGUGACAUCUGUUUCAGGGGGAAACAAAAUCGUCACAGUAUCCCAAAGAAGAGUGAUUGGAAGUCGACAACGCCACUACAACUCGUUCACAGUGAUAUCUGUGGACCCAUCUCACCAAUCUCAGAGAGUGGAAAAAGGUACAUUAUCAAUUUUAUUGAUGAUUUCAGCAGGAAAUGUUGGACAUUUCUGUUGACUGAGAAGUCAGAGGCCUUUCAAGUCUUUAAAGAGUUCAAGGCUGCAGCAGAGAGAGAAUCUGGACAACAGUUGGUGUGUCUCAGAACAGAUAGAGGAGGCGAGUAUAGCUCUAAGGCAUUUGAAGAAUUCUGUAGGGAGAAUGGCAUAAAGCGACAACUCACAGCAGCAUACACACCCCAGCAAAAUGGUGUAGCAGAGAUGAAGAAUAGAAGUGUCAUGAAUAUGACAAGGUGUAUGCUACUGGAGAUGUCAGUACCAAGGAGAUUUUGGGCUGAAGCUGUUCAAUAUGCAGUUCAUAUCUUGAACAGAAGCCCAUCUGCUGCAUUAGGUGAGAUCACACCAGAAGAAAAGUGGAGUCAACACAAGCCAUCGGUGGAAUAUUUGAAGAUAUUUGGCUGUGUUGCCUUUGCUCUAGUGCCAUACGAAAGAAGAAUCAAGCUUGACGAGAAGAGUGUGAAGUGUGUGAUGUUCGGUUUGAGCAAGGAGUCAAAGGCUUAUCGUUUAGCUGCCGAAAACUUAAACGAGCCAGAAGAACAGAAUGCAGAGACGAGUGACGAAACAGAAAAUGAAGAAGAAGAGAAUGGGGAAGAAGGAAACGAGGAAGCAGAGACAACUCAAGAGGUAGUUGUUAAUCCAACACCUGCACGUGAGGGAGGAAGAAACAGACAAGUGCCUGUCUGGAUGAAAGAUUACGUGCAGGGAAAUACAAGCAAUGCAGGCUUCGUGAUUUCUGAGGAUGGAGAUGACAUCUUAGCAAUGUUUAUUGCUACAGAUGAUCCAGACUGUUUUGAGGAAGCAGUGCAACAUGAGGUCUGGAGAAAGGCGAUGGAGGCUGAGAUCAAAUCGAUCGAAGAGAAUCACACUUGGGAGUUGAUGGAAUUACCACUCGGAGCCAAAGUGAUCGGAGUGAAAUGGGUUUUCAAAACCAAGUUCAAUGAGAGGGGAGAAAUUGACAAGUUCAAGGCGCGUUUGGUGGCAAAAGGGUACCAUCAGAAGCAUGGGAUUGAUUUUCACGAGGUGUUUGCUCCAGUGGCGAGAUGGGAUACCAUACGAUCGAUUCUCGCUCUGGCUGCAAAAAGAGAUUGGAGUGUGUAUCAGCUUGAUGUCAAGAGUGCCUUUCUUCAUGGGGAGUUGAAUGAAGACGUCUAUGUAGAGCAGCCUAAGGGUUUCAUACUUGAAGAGGAAUCCAACAAAGUUUACAAACUGAGGAAAGCACUAUAUGGGCUCAAGCAAGCACCAAGGGCUUGGUACAGUCGCAUUGAAGGUUAUUUCAUGAAGGAGAAGUUUGAAAAGGCCUACUGUGAACACACUCUGUUCGUGAAGAGAAGAGGAGAUGAGAUUCUCAUCGUGAGCUUGUACGUGGACGAUCUGAUCUACACAGGGAACUCAUCGUGA